AUGCGGGGAGUUGCUGAAGUAAAGGAACCCUGCAGCCUCCCCAUGCUAUCUGUUGACAUGGAAAACAAGGAAAAUGGCUCUGUCGGUGUAAAAAAUUCCAUGGAGAACGGGAGGCCACCCGAUCCUGCAGACUGGGCCGUGAUGGAUGUCGUCAAUUAUUUCCGAACCGCAGGAUUUGAGGAGCAAGCUAGUGCGUUUCAGGAACAGGAAAUUGAUGGAAAAUCCCUGCUACUGAUGACAAGAAAUGAUGUGUUGACAGGACUUCAGUUAAAAUUGGGGCCUGCUCUGAAAAUCUAUGAGUAUCAUGUAAAACCUCUGCAGACAAAGCAUUUAAAGAACAACUCUUCAUAG